AUGUAUCGUGUUCCAAAACUUUUCAACAAUAAAUUUGCUAUUUUCACAUCCACAUCAAAAAUUACCCAUAAACUGAUAAACAAUUUAUCAAAAGACUUUAUCAUUAAUAACAAAUCAUCAUUAUCACCUUUAUCAAGAUAUUAUGUUACUCAUAAAGAACUAAAUUUUGGUGUGGAAGGCCGUGCUUCUUUAUUAAAUGGUGUGGACAUACUUUCUAAAGCUGUAGCUGUAACGCUUGGUCCCAAAGGAAGAAAUGUUUUAAUUGAACAACCUUUUGGUAGUCCAAAAAUUACAAAGGAUGGAGUGACUGUUGCUAAAAGUAUAACACUUAAAGAUAAAUUUGAAAAUCUUGGUGCAAGGCUUGUUCAAGAUGUUGCAAAUAAAACUAAUGAAGUUGCAGGUGAUGGAACAACAACUGCAACAGUACUUACUCGUGCAAUUUUUGUUGAAGGUGUUAAAAAUGUUGCUGCUGGAUGUAAUCCCAUGGAUCUUAGGCGUGGAGUUCAAAUGGCUGUUGAUGCCAUUGUUAAAUAUUUAAGGGAAAAUAGUCGUGUUAUUACCACAAGUGAAGAAAUUGCCCAGGUUGCCACAAUCUCUGCUAAUGGUGAUAUACAUGUAGGAAACCUUAUAGCCAAUGCUAUGGAAAAAGUUGGUAAAGAAGGAGUUAUCACUGUUAAAGAAGGGAAAACAAUAGAUGAUGAAUUAGAAAUUACAGAGGGAAUGCGAUUUGAUCGUGGAUAUAUUUCUCCAUAUUUUAUCACUGAUACUAAAUCUCUAAAAGUGGAAUUUGAAAAACCAUUGAUUCUUCUAUCAGAGAAAAAGAUUUCUGUUCUACAAGAUAUUUUGCCAGCCUUAGAAACAUCAGCACAACAAC